UCUCACACAAUGCAGCAGUGGUAACCCUAUAAAAGAUCGGACAAUGCUAGCUUUACUGGUUGUCAUGGCAACAGCCACUUUCCAUGUCGGAGGAACAACAUCGUCAUGCUCGACAAACUACAACCUUAAUUACACCAUUUGGCUGCCGUUCCCUUGCUCGCGGAAAGAGGUAGGUGGGGAUCUGAUUCAGACCAUUCCAAAGGAGUACUUCCCGGAACUGCCAAGCAUCCUCAUCAACUCCACGUCACCCGAUGAGUGUUCAGCACUUACUGAGAAAGCAAUAUUGAGUCUCUGUCGCAUUCCAGACUGUAUCAGCAACCCUUGUCAGAAUGGUUGGUGUGAGGAGACUAAGAAAAACUACAGAUGCCACUGUCCUCCAGGUUUCUAUGGACUUCACUGUGAAAGAGUUGUUGAGGGCCUUGUGCAAGUUUCAACUGAUGAAUCACUUACUGUCCCCAUAGUAACCUCAACCAUGGCAAUGACAUCAGUAUCAGUCAAUGAAAGCGAUCAACCAACUGAGGUACCUGUUAUUACUCCUGGAAUUACCAACACAUCUGCAGCCUUCAGGGAUGCUGAUGCUGUUGUGCAACUUAAACGCAAAGGCAAAGUUUACUUGACAGAUGUGAAGGAUGAAAGGGUCUAUAUUGCUGAUAUAGGGAAUUACUCUUUCACUGCACUGAACGAAAAUGAUCCCAUUCGUGCCGCGGACAUCGCUUUUGAUGAGACCAACCAGAAACUCUUCUGGAUAAACUCUCGGGAUAAUAUAAUUUACCGUGGCAGCUGGGAUAUGGCGGAAAGCAUACCUGUUUCCAUCGGCCACCAUUAUGACCGAGCAUCGAUCUCUCUCAAUGAGAGAGAAAAGCAGAUCUUUUGUGUAUUUCAUGGCGGCAGUAAGAUUUCUCGCAUCGAUCAUGAUAACCCAAACACAAGGGAUGAAUACGUUCUACAUGAUCUUACGGACCCCAGCAAUAUAAUAGUGGCCGAAGAUAUCGGGUAUCUUUAUUUCACGCAGAAUCGCCGAGCAAUAUACCGCUGGAAAUAUAAUUCUCAUAACGAUGAUUAUGAACUUCUCAAGAACAUCGAGACUGGAGAUAUUGAUGCAAUGGCAGUAGAUAUUGGAGCGGAGAAAAUUAUCGUAUCUGACUAUACCAGGGCGAGGGUCAUUGUCAUGAACUUGAAUGGAAAUAAGUUAUUUUCAUUAUCAGACUACAAUAUAGCUGACAUCGUACCCUACGAAGAGGACUUUUUCUUGAUAGGACAGGGGAUUAGCAAAGAAGAUGUUAUGCUGAAGUUUGAUGACGAUGAAUAUUCAUUUUCAAGUGUGAAGAUUCCGGAAGGUAUCAACAGAAAAUCAAGGAUUGAAAUCGCCAAAGUAGAGGCUUCGUAAGGAAAAAUUAUUUUUUUCAUAUCGUAUUAAGCCUACCAAAUACCUUCAAUGUUUGUUCACAACAUGAUUUAAAAAAAAAGUAAAAUCACUUCAUUUGAAUUGUGUUUGAGAAUCCAUGAAUAUAAGUUCGAAAUUUCGAUGAUAUAGAGUAUAAAGCCCAUAUUGUCUUAAAAUUGAAGAGGAUCAUGUAACUGCCACGUCAUGUCACCACAAUGAUUAGUUAGGAAUUAAAGUCACUUUUUUACCAGUUAAGUGAACAGGUGAAGAGAACUUACUGUCACAAUGACUUUCUAAAGGUAAUAAUUAUUGGACUGUUCAAAUUCUGCAUUGCAUGAUUUCCAUGAUUGGAUAUGAAUAUCAAUUAUCAUAAGCACUGUAGAGAUGUAUCAUUUUUAACCUUUCAUACUUUAUAUACUUUCAGUUAUAUUAUUAAUAAGGGUAAAAAAACACUUUGAUUUGAAUGCUUAUUUUUGGCCAGCCUUGAAUGUCUUACCCUAGUUGAAUAAAGUUAAAUGAUUUAUGAACUUAUUACAUAUUAUGUCAUUUGAAUUAAUUUAUCUGUUGAUAUAUGAGGAAGUGAUGAUUUAGAUUUUCAAAAAGCUAAAGAAACAGAUGAAAGGAAGCAAGAUUUGAUUUAUAGGAAAGGGGUCAGAGUUCGAGGGAAAUGGUGUACGCACUCAAACUUUAUUUUCAUCUGUUUUUCUCUUAUUUAGAUUUGUAGCAAUUUCAAUCUGUAUUAGAAACAAGUUGCAUGUUCUUCAUUAUCAUUCUAUAUUUUUUUUUCAUUCUCAAUGACCGCUGUACAGUCAUUUAAUUCUGUGAUACUUAAUUUGCUUAUGAGAUUUAUAAUUGUAAUUUUAUUGUAUAUUUUCUUUGAGAAAAGACAAUAAAAAUGUUUUAAACAAAAACAAAAAUUGUGUUCCUGAAUCCAGUGACAACUGUAAACCUGCAAUCCUAGAAUGACGGUUGGAUCUGAUAUGCAGAAAAUAAGAGAUAUUCAAAGUUCGAAUGGUUCAGAAAAUGAGGUCGACUUCUUUCAUUUUGUUAUUUUUUUUAAAAAGUUUGCCUGUAAAAUAAGUGCAUUCAUGCUUGACCCAAAGCAUCAACUUUAAUGUAUGUAAUUAGUUAAGGAACAAUUUGAUUUUAAAUGGGGGGAUUGUAUUUGUGUUGUGUUUAGAAGGUCACAACUUGUAUCAUAAAUGUAUCAUAGAAUAUCAUUGAUAUUCCCUGCAUCCAAGCAACUGGACAUGGUGGAUAUCGUAACAACCCUUAUUUUUCCAAGUCUAAUUGGGGAAUUAUUUGGGGGCAUUUUUAAACAUUCCAUUAAAAAAACACCUUUAAUUGCACUUACAUGAAAUUUAUUAUUCUCUUAAUUCAGCUCGAUGUGCCUUAUAUGUAUA